CCGGCGGCGAUGAGUUCCCGAGCAUAGUCCAUUCGGCAUGGACCUAUGGGGGGUGAUGUGUAGAUAGCGGCAGAGAACGCGAGGAGCGGCGAUCGCGAUCGAAAGAGAGAUCUUCCCGAGAAAAUCGACCGAGGUCGUCGUCGUUGUGUUCGGAUGAUUUGUCCAAGAGAAUGGCAAAGAAGUCCUCGAAGAAGCAUCGUCGACAGCGGCAUCGCGACAGGAGUAGCAGCUCCAGCAGCGAUGACGAUGCGAAGAAGUCAACGAAGAGUAAAAAGAAGGACAAGUCGUCGAACAAGAAACGGAAAAAGUUGUCGAGCAGCAAGCGGCGCAAACGCCGCGACAGCUCGGAAGACUCGUCGUCAUCGUCCGAUGAAGACACAGUUCGCAGUGUCAUCUCAGGGAAGAAGAUCAAGCGGCAUAUCGAAAAGACCGACUUGGACAAGCACAACGAACGCAAUCGCGCCAACUUGCUACAGUUUUACAACAACAUGUACUAGUCGUCGCGAUCUUGCAACAAGUUCCUACAUUCCAAACGUCGGAAAC